CACAGGUUGUUUCACUUUUAACCCUGGCGAAAGGCUGAACUACAACUACAACCUACAACUAUUACACUCAAGUAACCACGCAGCUACUUUCUCAGGAUCAAGCUAAUCUUCAUCUGAAUCUCUCAACACUUCACAACUUUAAGAAUGCUGUCUCUGUUCGUGUGCUUCUUUCUCUACGCCUCUGGAGCUGCCCUCUCUAAACUCCAGGAGAAACAGACAGACUUUGGAAUGCAGGUCUUCUCCCAGAUGGCCCUGACCACCCGAGACUCUAACCUAGCCCUUUCCCCCUUCGGAGUGGCCUCCGUUCUGGGCAUGGCUCAGUUGGGUGCCGCAGGCGAAACCCUGAAAACACUGAAUUCCAAAAUGGGCUUCACUCUAGAAGAGCACGGGAUGGCCCGUCAGCAGCGCCUGCUCCAGCGGGACAUUGCUAGCACGGAGGGAGUGGAGCUGGCCAGCGGGGUGAUGGUGGAGAGGAAGAUGGUCCUGGAGAAAGGUUUCAGGAAAGGUCUGCGGAAAGCAUUCCAGGCCUUCCCUCACCAGCUGGACUUUUCCAAGCCCUACCAGGCCUUGGACAUCAUCAAUGCCUGGGUCUCCGACCACACCGCAGGUAACAUCCCUUCAUUCCUGUCAUCGGAUGCACUGACUGACGAAACACGCAUGGUCCUGCUGAGUGCUCUGCACUUCCAGGGGUUAUGGAAGGUGCCCUUUGACCCCAAGAUGACACAGGAGAGGCUGUUCCAGUGUGCCAACGGCAGCUCAGUGACCGUUCCAAUGAUGAGGCAGACAAACCGCUUCAAAUAUGGUGAGUUCGUGACCCCUGACGGUGUGGACUACGACGUUAUCAGCGUUCCUUACGAGGGCGAUGCCCUGAGCAUGCUGCUAGUCGUCCCGUUUGAGCGCGACACGCCGGUGAGCGCGCUCGUCGGCGAGCUGACCAGCCGGCGCCUGCAGCAGUGGAGGGAGGAGAUGAGGAGUGUCAAGCGUCAACUGGCCCUGCCCAGGUUCACCCUCGACUCCGAGGUGGAUCUCAAAACCCCCCUGACCAGUAUGGGAUUGGGGAACAUGUUCAACCUGGCUAAGGCAGACUUUACCCGUAUCACCACUGAGGAAAGGCUCAGUGUGUCCAAGGUUCUGCAGAAGGUCAAGAUAGAGUUGAAUGAAGAGGGGACCAAAGGAUCAUCAGUCACAAGUGCUAUCAUGUUCUCUCGUAUGGCUGUAGAAGAAAUCACCCUGGACAGGCCAUUUCUUUUCCUCAUCCAACACAACUCCACAGGUGCUGUUCUGUUCAUGGGUCAAGUCAACCAACCCAAUCAAAGCUAAUCAAAUGUAAGGAAACCCUGAAAAACCAACUGAUACACAAUGACCAUGAAACACUCCUAUCAUUCCACUGGCAGGGGUAACUGUCAAUCUACAUGCUACUGAGAUCACCCCUGAAUAAUGAAAUAAUUUAUAUGACCUGAACAAUAACUACUCCUAAAAAUCAUACAUAACCACAUAUUACCAAAAAGAUGAGAAUGCCUUCAUUUUUAUGAGAUGUGAAAGUUGAUAUCUGUUAAUUGCUCUGGUGGGAUGUAUUUUGUAUUAUAUUUAUUUAAUGUGAGCAAUGGUAUGACUGAAUGACUGAAAUGUUCAAGGGAGAGAUUUUGAAUUAGAUCUGAACGGAUUUAUGUAUUUUUAUUAUGCUGUUCAAUUUUGUUUACACUCUGUAAUGGUCUGUUUGCUCAAACAGUUGUAUUUUUGUAGCAUUUCAAAUAUAUAUUUAUUAAAAUUAUAGCUUUUUUAA